AUGCAUCAAAGGACUCGUUCUCCACUUGAAAGCCUCAACCUCUCCCUCUCAAGACUGUCAAGGGACAAGAAGAUGCAUGCAUUCCACUUUCACCUCUCACAAGAAGCGAAGCGUCAGAGAUUGCAAGACAAGAUUCUCGCAACCCACGCUGGGAUCGAAGAAUACUCGGCUGGAUAUCUAAAGCCAUGGCAAUUACUGAAGUUGAAGAUCGACGCGUCUGAAGUCAACAUAAGCAGCAAAGAUAUAAUCAAGUUUAGACCGUGCUUUUUCUCUCCCUUACCCACUGACACUAUACGGACGUGCCUAUCGAAGCAGCCAAACAAGAAAUCUCCAGAUGAAAAUAGUUUAGGCUAUGCAGGACGUGCAAUGCCAUGCCCAAGCACAGUCGCUCUGAUGCAUUAUCCACUUAUCCUUGAUCUCUUUCGAGAGAAAUAUGCAACCUCCGUACGCAAAGGUUUCUGCUUGGACAGCCUGACCACUCUUCGAGAGUGCGGAGCCACUAGCAAGGGCAAGUGGAAGCAGCAACCAGGCCUCGAACUCGCCGAGAAGCUAUCUACCGAGCGCUGGCAAAUCCUGCGCAUUUUAGAGGAUCUGGAGCAUGAAGUACCCCACGCCGUCUGCGAUAUCCGUCAGAACAUCCAAGUUGACAGAAAGAAAGGUCUCACGGUAGCGGAAGUGAAAGCCAUUAUGAGAGUUAUGGCUGUCCGCAUAGGGCUGGACUGCUACCGGCCGCAUUUCCUAAUGCCAACUUUGAUGGACUUGAACAUCACCCUAUCGAGCUCUUCCUUCGCUACUACUGCAGCCAGCCAGUCGGAAAGACCGCCAAUAAGCAGAAGGAUUCAUCGUCAAGAUAGGGCUAGAGAAUUGGCUCCACUGACGCCCCACGGUGGUAAGGAAGGGCAUCACUUCCAAAGGUCAAGAAGAAUCUAG